CCGCUGCCCAGAUCAUUUAUCUUCGGCUGGUAGCACCUCCCUCAUCACCUCAUUCUAUUCUUUUCUCUCCUUCAUCAACCUCCAGCAGGCCUGUCUGUUUCUCACCCAUAGCAGCUUUCUUUUCGCUAUAUUCCUUCCUUUGCUUCCAUUCUCUAGUGCCGGGCACACCCUUACCCACGCAGUCGCACCACAGACAGACUUGUUCAUCCCUUCCUCCAUCUUUUAAUCUAACAAAAUGGUUUACAUCACUCGCAUCCUGGCCCUGACGGCUCUUCUGACCGUCGCGAGCGCCAACCAGGCCGCCCAGGGCAAGGCCAACAACAACAACAACAAGGCCACCGGCGGUAAAGGUGCCGCCAGGGGCGGGGCUGCUGGUGCUGGUGGUGCUGGUGCUGGUGGUGGUGCUGUAGGUGCCAACCAGGUCCAGGGUAUCAUCCUGGUCAGCGCCAAGGGUGAUAGCGGCACCAGCGGUCCCCUGCAGCUCCUCAACACCGACCCCAAGGAUGCUCAGAUCAUCAGCGAUGCUGAGAUCAGUGGCAGCGUUGUCAACCAGUGCGGCCGCACCCUCCUGAACGGCAACAUCGACAUUGGCCAGAACACCGAGGAUGCCAUCACCAAGAACGCUGUCACCAAGGUCACGGCCGGCGGCAAGGUUGAGGCCACCUUCAAGGUCACUGGCGGCGCCAACCCCCAGAUCAAGUGCGACAUGGACCUCACCAGCAACGGCAACGGUGCUACCGGCCAGACGCCUCUCACCGUCAAGCAAGCCAACGCCGCCAACAACCAGGUCAAGGUCACGAUCGACCUCCCAACCAAUAUGACCCUGAUCGGAGGCUCCACCGGUGAUAUUGGCACCAUCCGCUGCCGUAACGCCCAGAACUUCGGUAGCUGCUUCCCCAUCCAGCAGACCGACACCACCCCCAACGUCAACGACCCCGACACCAUCACCACCGCCAACACCCUGCAGGGUGUCAUGAACUCGGUCGCUGCCAACGCCAAGGCCUUUAAGGAUGUGGCCGCCGCCAGCGCCGCCGCCAAGGACGAGUCUGAGCAGGGUCGCGCCGUAAUUAACGCCAUGCUCAAGGUCAACCCCGAUCUCGUUCAGAAACAGAAUCAGGCCGUUGCCGCUAACGCCGUCGGCGCCAAGAAGAACAACGGCGCGGGCGCGGGCGCGGGCGCCAAGAAGAGCAACGGCAACGGCGCCAAGAAGAACAACGCCAAGCAAAACAGGCGCUCCCUGGAGAAGAGGCAGGAGAUGCUCGACAGGCGCGCCACCGCCCUGGUCGCCCUCAAGUGGGCCAGGGAAGUCCUCUCCGAGGAGAUCGACCAGUAAAUCGGACCCCUUUGUUGGGCCUCCGUAUUUCCUCAGUGCUUUGGCACAGGCGCCUCGGCGCCUUUGGUAUGGUCGGACUCGAGUCUGGCCAGCCUGUACCAGAGAUUCCUUGUUCGAUAGACUCUCUGGGAGGGCCGUGGCGUUAGAGUUACUGUAUAUGUCUUGCUGUGGGUCGCCAACGGCAUCUUUUUGUCGUAGACUUGUGUAUAUCGUUUCUGUUCUUUAAUGCGACGCGUGGAACCAAUCCUCUUGAUAAAUACGUGCCAUGUCCCGAGUGCGAGCCAAGAAUCUUGAAGCCUUGAC